AUGGCGGACUCACCCCAAGUCGAGGAAAGCGAGAAAGCAGAGGGUAGCGUACCCCGCGAAUCUGCAAGCUCUCCGGUUGCUCCUGAUCCAGCCCCACGGAAAACUUGGGCAAUGCCAAAAGCGCCACCAAAGGUGGAGGGCACAGAUCCUGCCAAGAAGAAAUCUCUCUUGGAGAUCAUGGAAGAAGAACGCAACAAAGAGCAAGAGACAAAGGUGACCGAGCAAAGGAAAUUUGUACAACGGCUCGAACAGGAGGAAGAAGCAGCUUUGCUAAAGGCGAUGCAAGCUUCCAUGGCGACUGGCGAAAGCGGUCAGGAAGAUGACAUGGAUGAAGACCUCAAAAUGGCAUUGAUGAUUUCCAUGCAAGAUCAGGCACAAAGUCACGGCAAGAUGCCACCGUCGACCCCCUCGGCGGCAGUAGCAUAUUUUCCAGCCACGGCACAAGUGCCUCCGGCCGCCGCCGCCGCUGCUGCAGUUUCCAACGACGGUGGGUUGACAGAGGAGGAAAUGAAGGAAAUUGAACGGGCUCUCCAGGACGCCGAUGCUGCUGAAAAUUCCACGGUAGACGCCGCAUCAUUAAAGCUGGCUCUAGAGUUGCAAAGUGAAGAGGAUGGGAAGAUAAGGGCCGCUCAAAAGAGACCAGCGCAUCAAGGAAAUGUUCGAACCAUGAACCGAGAUGAAUUCUUGCGAGAACAGGGAAAAGGCGCAGAUGACGAUUAUCAUUAUGACUAUGAUGAGGACGAAGAGGAUGAUUACGACUACGAUGCGUCAGAGGCUGGCUUUCGAAUCAACUCCACGAAACAAUCACCAUGGUCCCGAGCCGACGGUGCAACCAUCCGAGGUCCCAACCAGGAGCUUCGGACCAAGCAUGAUUUGAAAUUGCAGGGUCAAGCCAACGCCCAACGGUUGGACGUUCGAGCGGAUGAUGAAACUGGGAAUAGAGCACACGUUGGCAACAAGGCAUACAAUGCCUUUCAUCGAAGCAUGCAAAAGAAAACCGUCAAGGGUGUGGCGGCGCACGGCCACGGAAGAGCCACUGCCGAUACCGACAAGACACGAGAUGGUGCCCUAGAUGGAAGAGUCCGCUUGCAAAUUGCUCGUGCCGUCAACAACGGGCUGAUCGAGACAUUUCAUGGGUGUGUCAAGGAAGGAAAGGAAGCAUUGGUCUUCCACGCAGACCAAGGGAUCACCAGUGAAGGUUUUGAUGUUGCUGUAAAGGUCUUCAAACGCAUUUCGGAGUUCAAGAAUAGGGGUGAAUAUGUUGCUUUUGACCCCAGAUACGGCGACGGCCAAGAUUUUCGCCAUGCUGGUCAACGUCAACAACUCGAAAUUUGGGCUGAAAAGGAACACCGCAACCUGAUUCGGGCGUACCGAUCCCAUGUUCCCGUGCCAAAGCCAUUGUGGCAAAAAGAGAAUGUUCUCUUCUUGAGAUUUCUUGGUGAGGAUGGUUGGCCCGCUCCGCAGCUCCGAGAGCUGGAUAUCAAAAAGGGAAGCAAAAAGUGGACAGCUUUGUACGAACAAACCAUGGAAGCCAUGCAGCUUCUCCAUUGUGACGCAAAAUUGGUCCAUGGUGAUUUGUCCGAAUACAACAUCAUGGUGGUCCCCAAACGAUUUCUGAAACGCGCCGCAGGCGAAGCGGUGCCAGAUGAAGGCGACGAGGACACCAAACCGACAGCGGAUGCCGACGAGCAAAAGCCAGCAGCCGAGACGAAAGGCGAUCAAAAGGUUGCGGCAGCUGGCCCCAAAGACGACAAUACAAAUCCAGAGCCCGCCACUCUCGAGGUGAGCGAAGCCACCAACGCCGAAACCGAGACACCAAAACCUGCUCCCGCCGAAGAUUCCAGCAAACCUGCGGCAGUCAAGCCUGACGAUGACAACUCGUUGCAUGUUGCUCUGAUUGAUUUUGGCCAAGCAGUAGAUACAAGGCACCCGGGAGCUGAAGAGUUGCUGAAACGGGAUGUUACACGUGUGCACGAUUUCUUUGUAAAGAUGGGCAUCACCACCACCUCGGUGGAAGCGGCGUUGGCCUAUGUUCAGACCAAAGGAGCUACGCUGCGUUAA